AUGGACGAAUACGAAGCUCUGAUUAUCGAAGUGACGGGAAUAAACCAAAGUACUACAAAAGACACUUUGGAGAACUAUUUCUCUUACUCAAGACGUGGAGGAGACAUUACGAAUAUAGAUUAUAUUAAAGGAAGUGGGAAUGCAUCAUUAACGUUUGCUAACGCCGAAGGUAGGAAAACAAAACUGUCUUUGUGUAUUACAAGCGUAUAACAUUAACAAUUUAAUAGUUUGAUCUGAUUAGCGUCGAGUCGACCUAGCAAGCACAUAUAACAUUAUUUAAGCAAAUUAGGCCAGGCUUCGUGUUUUGGCCGAACAUGGAAGCAAUUCAGAAGUAUAAGAAGUUUUGGUACACAGAUAAUAUUGUCUAUAAUGCGUAGCCGUAGGGUUUUAAAUCAUAUGCAAACGAUGAGUUAAGAAAAUUUUGUUUGUCUUUUACCUUCGAAGUCAAGGCGUUGCGUUUCAAUCAACAAGCUAGCUUGCAACUUUAUAGUCAUUAAACUUAAUGUACUGAAUAUAUAAAAUCAUAUUUAUAUAAUAUGUCUUAAAUCAUGGUCGAUUUUAAAUAUGCAGUUAUGUCAAUUCAACUACAUUAUUAUAAUAUACCAUCUAAGAAUCGCAUCAGUGCAUUUCUUUUGAACCAUAAUGGCAAUAUCGUCAUAUUAAUUUUGUAGACACAGUACAGUAUAACAUAUAAACAAGGUUUUGUCACCUAAUGACACAAACUGAACAUGAACUAUCAGGUUUACUUCCAGUUUUGUGUGGUGCAUCAAUUUUGUAAUUAUUGGAAUAAGACAAUGCAGCUUGUUGCAUUUUUUAUGCUAAACACUAUGCUAAAUAUAAUUUUAUUCUCUUAAAAAAGCAGUGUAUUGAACAAAAGUUCUCACAGAAGGGCCUUCGCUCGAAACGUCGAAAUUCUCCUUAUAUAUAUUUUCAGGUAGUUGCAUCCCUACCAAAUAACGAAAGCUUGUUUACGUCACAGAAUUGAAUGUCACUAUAUACAUACCUAGUUGUGACAAGGUAUUACGGAUUUCCCCAGUCUGACAGCCUCUAAUGCGGGCUAUGAGAUGUAUAAUGGGACUAUAUGCAUGCCAAAACUGCGUUGAUAAAACGAAGCGCUAUAGCAGAGUGUUUUAAUUGUAGCCGGAUUUACGUGUAGAGUUGUUUUAAAAUCACUAUAAUAAAUGAAUUCAAAUGCACAUAUAUAACUUCUCAAACUAACCAGUAGUACGGAAUUUUACGCGAAAGUUAAUUUAAAAACUAACGGUAUAGACAAGGAUAAUUUCUUUAAACGACGAGAUGUCGAUUAAGCACGUAUAAUUCUUAAAUAUUUUUAAGGUGCUAAAAAGGCUUUGGAAACCAGGUCGCAUUUGCUUGAAGAAUCUGCACUAACAACACAAAGAAAGAAGGCAGAAAAUUCUGAAAAUGACAAAGUUGAAGGCAUUCCCACAAAAACGUCAGAAAAUGAUACCGAAGGAAAAAGCGACUUAGACGUGAAAGACAUCACGCACGACACAAAAAGCAGUGACAAUCUCAAUGCAAUAGUAACAUUUUACAGCCCAGUAGGUGAGUUGAGAAACAAGCGCAGAGGUGUUUAUUGCACAGUGGUUGGUGCGUGUUAUACCUUCUGGGAAGAACAAUUUGAACUAAUAGAGCUGCAACCAAACUCCGCAAGUCCAAUAUUCCACAAAGUACGAAAGGUGCAUGUUGGUCUUCAAUAUCAAAAUAGUAAUGAAAAACUUUUGUUUUAGAUUUCGACAAGAUGAAGGAAGGUUUCAAAUCGAAACCAACGUUAGAAGGAAAAUAUAUAUCAAUCAAGACAGUUCCUCCCUGUAAAACAAUCUUAGUAAAAAACCUACCAAGUACAGCAACUUACGAUUCCGUGUGGUUGAGAUUUGAAAGUAAACGAGCUGGUGGUGCUGACGUCGAGGGAGUCCAUUUAGACCCAGAGAAAAGAACAGCAUUGGUUGAAUUUAAAGAUCCAAAUGGUAGGACGGAGUUUUAUUUUUUGUGAAGUAAAACUUUGUGUAUAUGUAUAUAUGCAUGUAUAUGUGGGAAAAUGCGACUUCAACUGGUAUUUUUAAAUCGGAUUGUAAAAUGGCUAUUUUUAUAAAAAGUUAUAUCGUUCGACUGCUAAAAGCCUGAUCUUUACUGGCAUGAAAAAAGUAAACAUAAACUUAAUAUAUAAUGCACCACGCCAAAUAACAUGCCAAAGUUUGAUUACCUUUUUUUAUUGCAUAAUGUAACGUAUAGUAAGCUUUUGUAACGUAUAGUAAAGAGAUUGCUUAAUACUCAAAAAAUUCAGUAGAGCGAAUGUAAUUACUGUUCUUUCUUAAAAUGUUUCUUUGUUUUUACUCCGAGUUUCACGCAUUACUGCGAUCAUCAGGAGACAUGUCUAUAUGUUGCUCUCUCAUUGUUUUUGAGCACUCCGCUUUGUCUCUUUGUAUAUUCUAGUGAUAGAUAAAGUUCUUUCAGUGAAACAAACAUUGGACAAUACCACCCUAUCCGUGGAACGUUAUCACCCAAUCCUUGGCAGCUUAGCCGACUUACAGACAACAGAACAAGAAAUAUCAGAACCAACCCGUCAUGAAGUACCUACGGCUACG